UUAAAAGUUAGCCAAUUAAUACUCAUGCCUUUUGGAAUGGAAUUAUUGAUUUUACAUGUUAUUCAUUUUGUAAUAUGACGUGGCUUGUUUACGGUACUGUUGACAAAUUUGUAACUCAGUCGAGGAUGAGUCUCACCAGGCCGGGAAAAGAUAUACAGGGCCUAAAUGUACCUCUUCUGUAGGACAUACAUGACACCCAUAGUGAUUAGAUACUUGAUUUUGGUUUUUGUGUGUAUACGUCCAUUCUGUGCCUGUCUCACCUAAUGGAAAUAAAAUAUGGUGUGUUACAAUCUGUUUUGACAUUCACUUAUUCAGACGUCAGAUAGGUCUGUAACUCACUUGAAAAGGUUUUGGGAAAGAGCUACAGAUUGAUAGCUACAAUUAGAUGUUCUAAAGUUAUUGAUACAAGUGUUUUAGUGAAGCCAUCCAUGAAAGUCAAUGUUGGAUGAAGUCUAAGAGACUCGGAGCAGAUAUCCAUAUUGUAUUGCCUAUCCAGAUUUCAGUGUUACGUUUGCUCUGAGAAGCCAUCCACCUUCUUUUGUAAUCACUCAUCUGUGCAGACUUGAUCACAGCAUGAUUGAAUUUGACGCUUUUUAUACUGGGGAUUGUCAAUGAAGGUGCAGAUGGUGACAUUUUUCCAGAAGCAUUACCGAACAACUGGUCAGCAGUAUAAUACAGAAUGAAAGUCUUACGUACAGCUCUGUUCAGAGUGAGGGCUGCCUGUAGCUUCACUGGGCAGUCUGUAUCCCUGCAAGGACAGCGGAAACUCUUCUGGUCAUGUGGUGCGUUGUCAGUAGGCGUGGCUGGUGUGUCAAUCAUAUGUUACCAUAGCAACAGUCACAGGGUGUUUGCCUACAGUGACAGCAAAUUGGACACAUCAAAAUGGAUGGCAGAACCCAUUACUAACAAGAAACUUCUAGAAGAGAGAAGCACAGAAAUGAAGUAUAAAAUGGAAGCCAUGAUUAUGAGAAUUCAGUCAGAAGUGUGUAGAAAGUUAGAGGAAGUCGAUGGAGAUCAGAAAUUUUUAGUGGACAGAUGGACAAGAACAGAGGGAGGAGGAGGGAUCACCUGUGUUAUGAAGGACGGCCUUGUUUUUGAGAAAGCUGGAGUCAACAUUUCGGUGGUCCAUGGAAAUCUACCCCCUCCAGCCGUGGCCCAGAUGAGAGCCAGAGGUAAAUCCCUGGAAGGCAAAACCCUGCCAUUCUUCGCCACAGGUGUUAGCUGUGUUAUUCACCCUAGAAAUCCUUAUGUUCCCGCCAUACACUUUAACUACAGAUACUUUGAAGUGAUGGAUGAAAACGGAACAGUCCAUUGGUGGUUUGGGGGAGGAACAGACCUAACACCGAUAUAUCUCAAUGAAAAGGACGCUGUUCAUUUCCACAAAACACUGAAGGAAGCCUGCGACAAACAUGACCAAAAAUAUUAUCCAAAGUUCAAGAAGUGGUGUGAUGACUAUUUCUAUCUCCCACACAGAGGCGAGACUCGGGGUAUAGGAGGAAUUUUCUUUGAUGAUUUAGAUGCAGAACCACAGAGUGCCAUGUUUGAGUUUGUACAAAGCUGUGCUGAUGCUGUGUUGCCUUCUUACAUUCCAAUUGUACAGAAACACAAAAAUGAUGGAUACUCACAUCCUGAGAGGAAGUGGCAGCUCUUGAGGAGAGGGAGAUAUGUGGAAUUUAACCUGAUCUAUGACAGGGGAACAAAGUUUGGUUUGCAGACCCCAGGAGCCAGAUACGAGAGCAUUCUGAUGUCAUUACCAAACACCGCAAACUGGGAAUAUAGAAAUGAGCCUGCUCCAGGUUCAGCAGAGGAGGAAAUUGUCAAAGUGCUCAAAAAUCCCAGAGAGUGGGUGCGAGAGAAGUAAUCUUAGGGGACAUAUGCCCCCGCCUUUGUGUGUUACGAAAUGUAACAUGGUGCUAUGAAUAAUUAAUAUUGAUAAGUUUAUUUUUUAUAAGAUGUUGUUAUGGAGUUUGAUUUUUUUAUAAUUUAUAAGUUAUCAGAUUGUUGAUUAUGAAAGUAUAUUUUAUAUUUGAAAUUACGUUCUGUAGAACUGGGUGUUUUGUUUUUUUUACUGUUAUCAGGAAUCAAAGCACUGCCAUAUGUAAAUCAAGUUGAUCAUACUAGUGAAUGCAUUAUUUGUUUGGCUAUAGAAUUCUACUAAACCAUCAGGGGCAAACAGCAUUAUGGUUCAAGAAAGAUCAGAAUGUAUACAUAGGCAAACCUGCUUAUAGAAAUGUCCACCUGUCUCAAGCCCAUAAGACAAAUGACACAUCGGCAUAAUUUUUUUUUUCAGAUUUAGUACUUCAUGAUGGUAUUAUGAGCAUACACAGAUGACCUUUUGUGAUUUGUUUUGUGUCUUUCAUUGCAUGUUGACAUUGGAAUAUUUUUCAACUUUUUCUCAGAUACUACCAUUUUGUUUGAAAUGAUGCUUCCAUUUGUUUUUAUACCCUUAUAUUACAAACACCUUAAUCAACCAUACCUCAAUUAUUCUUUCAUUAUUAUUUCUUGCAAGAAAUUGCCAUGACAUAGAUGGAAUUUUAUUUUUAAGAACGGGUUACAAUCUGAUUUACAUUUAAAAUAAUAACAAUGACGUUAAGGGUGGCUCUUGGAGCAUGUUGCUCCUUCAGUGCAUCAAUGGGCAUUCCUUCCUAUACCCCGCCUACUGUAGACAUGAAACACAUAUUUUACUGGCGGUGUAUUUGAUGACUGUAAGAGAUAGAGGUUAAUGUCAAUGUUUUUUAUGGUUGUAAAUUUGGUGAUUGAAGGAAGGAGAUCAAAAGUUCAAUGUCUGACAAAUCACUAAAUUCACAUUGUUUUCACCAAGACCCCCCCCCCCCUCUCCCCACCCCCACCCCCUUUUAAAACUAAAUAUAAUGAAUGUUGAAACAAAUCGAUUACAAGUAAAACAUACAAAUAUAAAUGACGUUUUCUAUACCUCUUCACAAAUGAAAGUUUACAUUGAAACUAUUAAAUGUUCAUUAAAAUGUAUCAAUAUUAUGUGGUUUUUAACAGUUACAUGUGUACAUGUCUUUUUUAAUUUUUCACCAAAGUGUAAUCGAUGCCGGUCGGGUGACAGAAACUUAGGGGAGUUUUUACCCCUCCUCCUAACUCUUUGAAUUUAGAUUUUUAUCCGACAUCAAUCAUUUGAUAUCACCCCUAAACGAUGUCUACUGUAUACCAGUAAAUAUAAAGGAGUUUAAUUUUCUUGAUUUGUCUUUCUGCGAAUUGGAUAAUUAUAAUCAAUGCUAAAAUAUGUCACAAUUAGCAUCCGCUGUACAAUAUUUCCAUGUUACAUAGUCCUAAGACAUCUACAUUGUACCGUGUAGUUACAAAUGUACUUAUAAAUUUUCUUUCAUAACAUGUACGUGUGUCAAAUUAAAUCAUUCAACUCUUUGUUUUUCACUCCCGGCAGUGGUACAUGGAAAGGUGUGUUACAUGUUAAUGAGAGACACCUGUGUUUAAGUACUAAUAAGACGCACCUGUAUAAUAUACAAACGUACUAAUGAGAGACAUCUAAAUACAAGUAUUUUCUGUGUAGCCUCUUUGUACUAGUAAUUUAUAUUCCGUCUUUCCUAUCUGAGGUAUCCAUAUAUCUUACUGCAAUAAAUCCGUGUUUUGAAGUGCCAUUAAGGAGUUGUAAGUAAUUGAAUAUGUUCAAUAAGUGAUUCAUGUUUAGUAGUUUCGCCAGCUGGUCAAACUGGCCAAAGUAACAUGUGGUCAUCUCGUUUGUCUGAUCUCAUAUCACCCUCUCGUCCCCAGUAUGCAUGCACAUGUAUGAAAUUUAUUCAACAGUGUUGGACAAAUUUAAAGUCCUUUGGUUCUACGUAUUCAUUUGAAGGUCAUAUGAUGCCCAAGAUUUUGACCACAUCGAAUGAGGUAGGAGUGAUUUUCUAUAAUUUGAUCAAACAACAAUAUAAAUUGGUCAUUUAAAAUACAGAAAAUGCUAAUAAAAGACAUGUUUGAAGGAUUUCAAUUUUUGGUUAAUGUUUUUCCAUUGAAUUUUAAAGUAAAGAUUUGUUAAUAAUGCAAAAAAUGUGGUUUCAGAGAACAUUUUUGUGGUAAAUAUUAAAACACUCCCAGAUAGUUUUUUUUUGGGGGGGGGGGGGGUAUCCUGUGUAAACAGUAAAUACAACAUUAGAUAUAAUUAACUGUCACCUCCUAUUCUUUAAUUUCAUAUUCUCGUGACAUGUCAUAAUUUGGAUCAGUCCAAUAAAAAAGAAAUGAUGUUGAGACUCUGACCUUUGGUACGGAGAGGGUUACAACAGGUGGAGCACGUUGCUCCGGUCUACCUGACAUUUCAUUGGAACAAAAGAUUAUUUAAAUCACAUUAAUUAGAAUACUGACAUUACAUGUUUCUGAGUCGUUUGAUAAGUCUGUUUAAUGACUUGAUGUGUGUGAAUAUUUGCCUGAUUCAGGUACUAAUCUGAUAGCUGCAUUGUGUAUACCAGUUCGUGUAUUAGAAAUUGGAUGACUGUUUGUAAUCUGAUAGAUGUCAAUAAAUGUUGGAUUGAG